AUGGUCACCCUGGAGGUGCGGCAGAGUACGAGUCUCCCCGAGACCCCCCAGUACAUAAACUACACCCCGGGACAUCAGGGCAGCGGCUACAUGUACGGCGCCGAGUAUCAGGUUUAUGACCGCAGCCCCUUCACACGUGGGAAAGCCCUAAAUGACCACGAUGUCCCGUGCGCCGUGUGUUACGUCCCGUCCCGCAGCACCCAGCUCAUGAUACCCGCAGUCGCCCGCUGUCCCGCGGGGUGGUCCCGCGAGUACUACGGCUACCUGAUGACGGAGUAUCGCAAUCACAAGCACUCGAGUCAGUUCGUGUGCGUGGAUCACGAUGCCGAGUAUGUCCCUAGCGUUAACCGUGAAGGAGCCCUGCUCUACCCCGUGGAAGGGAGGUGUGGGUCACUAUAG